GAUCUUACGCUGUGGAUGGAACCAAGCUUUAUCCAGUCAGCCAUGGCUCUAGGAUUGCCCUCCAAGAAGGCUUCCUCUAGAAACAUCGCUGUGGAGAGGAAGAACCUGCUGACUGUGUGCAGGUUCUCAGUGAAAACUUUGUUGGAGAAGUACACUGCAGAACCCAUAGAUGAUUCCUCAGAAGAGUUUGUGAACUUUGCUGCUAUCCUGGAACACAUCUUGAGCCACAGAUUCAAAGGUCAUGUCAGCUGGUUCAGCACAGAUGGGCAGAGAGGGUUCUGGGACUACAUCCGUAUUGCUUGUAGCAAAGUGCCAAAUAACUGUAUAAGCAGCAUUGAGAACAUGGAAAACAUUAGUACGGCAAGGGCAAAGGGACGGGCCUGGAUGCGUCUUGCUCUCAUGGAAAAACGUCUGUCAGAAUAUAUAGUAACUGCUUUAAGAGACACCAGAACUACAAGACGGUUCUAUGAUGAUGGUGCUAUCCUAUUGCGAGAGGAAUCAUCAGUGCUCACAGGCAUGCUGAUAGGGCUGAGCGCCAUUGAUUUUAGUUUCUGCUUGAAGGGGGAGGGCAUUGAUGGGAAGACCCCUGCUGUGAUAGAUUAUACUCCGUACCUGAAGUUUACGCAGAGUUAUGAUUACCUGAGUGAGGAGGAAGACAGGGAGAGCGUGGGAGGCAGCAGCAGUGAGGACAGCUCCCCGGAGCACCCCUAUUUACCUCUGCUCACAGAUGAGGAGAGCUGGUACAGCAAAUGGCGCAAAAUGGAGCAAAAGUUUCGUAUUGUUUAUGCACAAAAGGGGUAUCUAGAGGAGCUAGUUCGCCUGCGAGAGUCUCAGUUAAAGAACCUGGAGGCUGAGAACAAGCGUCUGACACAGAGGAUUAAUGAGCAGGCGGAGCAAAGCUUGCAGGAAAAACGUCAGUUAGAGGGGGUGAUCCUGGAACUGCAGGAACAGCUCACUGGACUCCUUCCCUCAGAAACUGCCCCCAUCAAACAGUUCACUUCGAGUAUCGGGGCCCCUCUGGGAACCCAGUGGCCCUCGAUGGGAAAUCUUAAUGAUAAUGAGUCAUCAGUUAAAGCCAUGCUAUACAGGAGACACAGUUUCAUGAGCACAGAACAUCUUUCUGCUGAAAUCAGUCUAAGCUCUGAGUCCCAGAGGGGAGAUGGAAAACAAGAUGGGGAGCCCUGGGGACCAAUUGGGAAGGACCCCACACCCUCUAUGUUGGGUCUCUGUGGAUCUCUAGCCUCUAUACCUAGCUGCAAAUCUCUACCAAGCCUCAAAUCCAAUGAAUGCCUUGUGAGUAACAGCAGCGAAACAAGUCCAGCUGGAAGCCCUAGCUGAAACCUCCCAAAACAGAGAAAUCACAUCCAAAAAAGGUGGAAAGAGCAAACUGGGAAUCUCUGUGGAGUUCCUCAAAACCCAACUCACACCCCCAACAGAGGAAAAAGAGCUAGACCUGGACUCCCAAUUGAGAACCUCCAUCUCACAGAACUUCACCACCAGAUGUGGAGAAGACUAAGCAGGAACUACAGAGGUCAUAAAACCAUCACAGAGGAGGAGGAGCUUGACUGGGAAUUUCACUGCACAAAGAAACUCGCAAACCUUCAUACUAUCAUGCAGGUUAACCUUUUUUUAAAGAAAGGAGGGACAGAACAAUAAUUCCAGUUGAGAGACUUCUUCAGACCCCAUACAUCAUUUCUGUCACCAGGAAAACCCCUGAACUGUAAAAUCUCCAGAAUCAUUUAUCUCUUAAAUUUCCCCUCUGCAAUGAUUUUCACUUACUUUUUGUGGAAAAUCACAUUCUUCUGUGAGACUAUCUCCCCGACAAGUCAGUGUUUCUCACCAGACAACUAAGUGAACUUUUAAUAA